AUGGAUGGAAAAAAUCAGACAAUGGUCACAGAAUUCCUCCUCCUGGGACUGUCUGGGAAGUCACAUCAGGAGGAGGUCCUCUGUGGGCUGUUCUUGGGGAUGUACCUGGUCACCAUCAUUGGGAACCUUCUCAUCAUCUUGACCAUCAGCUGUGACCCUCAUCUCCAUACACCCAUGUACUUCUUCCUGGCCAACCUCUCCACUGUUGACAUCUGCAUUUCAUCAGUCACAAUCCCCAAGAUGCUGGUGAAUCACAUAGUGGGGAGCAAGUCCAUAUCCUACAGAGAGUGCAUGUCCCAGAUCUACUUCUUCAUCACUUUCAGCAAUAUGGAUGGGUUCCUCCUGAGUGUGAUGGCCUAUGACCGUUAUGUAGCCAUUUGUUGUCCACUUCACUACUCCUUGAUCAUGAGGCCCAAACGCUGUGUCCUUCUGGUGGCUGUAUCUUGGAUGAUUACCAACCUGCAUGCUCUCUUACACACUCUUCUCAUGACUCAACUCACCUUUUGUUCCAACAAUGCUGUGCACCACUUCUUCUGUGACCCUUACCCUAUUCUCAAGCUCUCUUGUUCUGAUACCUUUAUCAAUGACUUGAUGGUCUUCACUGUGGGUGGUUUGAUAUUUAUGACACCAUUUACAUGUAUCAUUGUUUCCUAUGCUUUCAUCUUCUCUAAUGUGCUGAAGUUGCCGUCAGCCCAAGGGAUAAGGAAAGCCCUGUCCACCUGUGGGUCCCACCUCACAGUGGUUUCCCUAUUCUAUGGGGCAAUCUUGGGGGUCUAUAUGCACCCUUCAUCCUCCUACUCAGUUCAAGACACUGUGGCCACUGUCAUCUUCACAGUGGUGACACCCUUGGUCAAUCCCUUCAUCUACAGCCUGAGGAAUCGUGACAUUAAAGGAGCCCUUAGGAAGCUAAUUCUUAGGUCCUAG